AUGUCACAUGUCCCAUGUGCAGAAACCGAAUGUCAAAAGCUGAUGUCAAGAGCUGAGAGACGGUACACCACGACGCUGGGUGCCCAUUACUGCGAUCGCCUAGGCGAAGCGCUCGUCGUCAACGUGCCCACCCAGUAUGUCUGGGUCCUCAAGGUAUGUACGCCCUUGUGCUGA